UGGAGGAAGAAGCUGGAGGAGCGCAGAUCAUCUCCGAGAGACGGAUUCACAUUUAAAGACGCAGCUGCUUGAUGGAUGAUAGACUGUCCUGAUCAUUCCCCUCACAUCCUCCUGACUAAGCCCACUGACAGGCGGAGGAUCGGGCUGUUUUUUCCACUCGGUUCAAACAAACGAGUUGAGGCGAGAGACUUCAACCAUCCGCCCGCGUUAUUGUAACCUAAUCCUGGCCCCUGGGGGUCUGAAGGGCCCCGGGCAACACUCCUUUUUUUCUUUCAGCCCUCCUCUUUAUUUUUCAGACGCUCACUUGUUUUUUGCCGCCUCUGCUUCACACACACACACCGGAGGACAGACAGACAGACACAGACAGACUGACGAAGCCCAGCCGGUAUCCGCACAUUUCAACCCCGGGACGGAGCACACACACGCCGGUCUCCAUGUCUUCUGUGUCGGUGUCCUCUCAGGAGGGGCGGAGCAUGUCCAGGAUGUCUCUGAGCCGCUCCCCAGUGUCGCCCAUGACGGCCCAGGGUAUCCCAUCACCUGCACAGCUCACCAAGGCCAACGCCCCCGUCCACAUCGACGUGGGCGGACACAUGUACACCAGCAGCCUGGCCACACUCACCAAGUACCCCGAGUCCAGAAUCAGUCGUCUGUUCAACGGCACCGAGCCCAUCGUCUUGGACAGUUUGAAGCAGCACUACUUCAUUGACAGAGAUGGAGAUAUUUUCCGCUACAUCCUCAGCUUCCUGCGGACCUGCAAACUGCUUCUGCCAGAAGACUUCAAGGACUUUCCUCAGCUGUACGAGGAGGCGCGUUACUACCAGCUGACUCCGAUGGUUCGGGAGCUGGAGCGCUGGCAGGCGGAGCGCGAGGCCCAGCGGACGCCACCCUGCGAGUGUCUGGUGGUUCGCGUCACACCUGACCUGGGUGAGAGGAUCGCACUCAGCGGAGAGAAGGUGCUCAUCGAGGAGAUCUUCCCUGAGACCGGUGACGUCAUGUGCAACUCGGUCAACGCGGGCUGGAACCAGGACCCCACCCACGUCAUCCGCUUCCCCCUGAACGGAUACUGCAGACUCAACUCUGUACAGGUCCUGGAGCGUCUGUUUCAGAAAGGCUUCACCAUCAAGGCGUCCUGCGGCGGAGGCGUUGAUUCGUCCCAGUUUAGCGAGUACGUCCUGUGUCGUGACCUGCGGCACAGCCAGUCCAUCACCAGCACCCCGAUCCGGAUCAAACAGGAACCUCUGGACUAACGCUCCCAUCAGUCCCUGUUCUCAUGUGUGGAUGUUUCAGAAACGCCGAGCGGACCGACCUCAGGACUCAAACAUCACCAAUAAGUUGAAGACUUUGGAAAGACCUUUGACCUCUGCUGCAGACUCAAAACACAGACAGGAAUGCUUUAAAAGAAGAAACCUGAUCACGAUACGGUCUGAUAACUUCUGUAAAGUCAAGUGAAAGACAACAUUUGUAAUAAGGAUCUAAAUCUCUUUUGUUUGAUUUUAACCGCUUGCUUGGUGAAUAUUGUCCACUGUGUAAACAAAAGGUAAUUUUUAUAAGUGUGUAAGGAUGCCACAGGGUGCGUAAUUUAAUUCUUUUUAUAAAACUGCAAUUUUGAAAAUGUAUAUUUAAUGUAUUAAUGUCAAUUUUUCAUUUGUACAGAUGUAUUAAUAAAAAGUUAAAAGGU